AUGACUGUUAACGGUGCUACUCAUGCGGCUCUCGCUCCUGGCCACUUUUUGUUCACCUCGGAAUCUGUUGGUGAAGGCACCCUGGUCUCCGAUGCUAUUGAUCCUUUCUCCAAGGUUGCUUGCGAAACCGCUUCCAAAACCGGAAUGAUCAUGGUCUUUGGAGAAAUUUCUACCAAGGCCCAGAUCGACUACCAAGCCGUAAUCCGUAACACUAUCAAGCAGAUCGGAUACGAUGAUUCCUCCAAGGGUUUCGAUUACAAGACCUGUAACAUCCUGGUUGCGAUUGAGCAACAGUCGCCUGAUAUUGCUCAAGGUCUUGACCACGGAUCUCUUGAAGCACACGGUGCUGGUGAUCAGGGUAUCAUGUUCGGCUAUGCUACCGACGAGACCCCUGAAUACAUGCCUUUGACCAUCGUCACCAUUGAAUACAAGAAGGACGGCGGUGCCACUAUUCCCCUUCGCGUUGACACCAUCGUCAUUUCCACCCAGCAUGCUGAGGAAAUUUCCACCGAGGAAUUGCGAAACGAGAUCUUGGAGAAGAUCGUCAAGGAGGUUAUUCCUGCCAAGCUCCUAGAUGAUAAGACUAUCUAUCACAUCCAACCCUCCGGCCGUUUCGUCAUCGGCGGACCUCAGGGUGACGCUGGAUUGACUGGACGAAAGAUCAUCGUCGACACCUACGGAGGCUGGGGUGCCCACGGUGGAGGUGCAUUCUCUGGAAAGGAUUUCUCCAAGGUCGAUCGCUCCGCCGCAUACACCGCUCGUUGGAUUGCCAAGUCUCUCGUUGCCGCCGGCCUAGCCCGCCGUGCUCUCGUUCAACUUUCCUACGCUAUCGGAGUUGCCGAGCCCCUAUCGAUCUAUGUCGACACAUAUGGUACUGGUAAGAAGACAGAUGAAGAACUGGUCGAGAUUAUCAAGAAGCACUGGGACCUCCGACCAGGUGUUAUUGUCCGCGAGUUAAACCUCCAGCGUCCACAAUAUCUCAAGACUGCCUCCUACGGCCACUUUGGCAACGAUGAAUACGAGUGGGAGAAGCCCAAGCAACUCCAGUUCUGA